AUGCUCUCCCGUCUGUUGAUCUUCUCUCUAGCUGCCGGCUACACCCUAGCGUUCGGCGGUAAGUCCGACGAGACAACAGCGGCUCCUACUCCUAAGGUGGCGACUACGCCUGACGGAACUACAGCGGCUCCAACUCCUGACGUGGCGACUACCCCUGACGAGUACUGUGAGGAUUAUUGCUCUGAGACUUCGGGAUGUGGACAGUCCUAUUGCAAGGCGGAUGGUCACUGCUUUGGACUAUAUCACAAUGGUGACUCGAAGUGUUAUCAGUCCGACGACGAGGAAAAUACUUGCGAUUCAUUCGAGCCCGUGAGAUGCCUCGAAUCCCCUCCAUCGACCUGUGAUGAUGCUUGUUACUCCGUUGAUGGUUGUAGGACCUCUGAACUUGGAACCUACUGCAAGUUUUGGUUGGAUGAUCCAGUGUGUUAUGGCAUCCUCAAGAAGAAUGACGGCAGUUUGUGCUUUGUGGCGACUGAUGAGGCAUGCGAGGGUGAUCUUUACCCCUGUGGUUCCCAAACUGAGACACCAAUCGAGACCACUGAGACUCCGGUCGAGACCACUAAGGCUCCGUUCGAGACCACUGAAGCUCCUUUAGAGACCACUCAGGCUCCGGUCGAGACCACUGAAUCUCCGGUCGAGACCACUGAGGGUCCAGUCGAGACCACUGAAGCUCCGGUCGAGACCACUAAGGCUGCGUUCGAGACCACUAAGGCCCCGGUCGAGAACACUGAGGCUCCGGCCGAUACGACUGAAUCUCCGGUCGAGACCACUGAAUCUCCGGUCGAGACCACUGAAUCUCCGGUCGAGACCACUCAGGCUCCGGUCGAGACCACUGAAUCUCCGGUCGAGACCACUCUGGCUCCGGUCGAGACCACUGAAUCUCCGGUCGAGACCACUCAGGCUCCGGUCGAGACCACUGAGUCUCCGGUCGAGACCACUGAGGCUCCGGUCGAGACCACUGAGGCCCCGGUCGAGACCACUGAGGCUCCGGUCGAGACCACUGAGGCUCCGAUCGAGACCACUGAGUCUUCGGUCGAGACCACCGAGGCCCCGGUCGAGACCACUGAAGCUCCUGCAGAGACCACUGAAGCUCCGGUCGAGACCACUGAAGCUCCGGUCGAGAUCACUGAAGCUCCUGUAGAUACUACUGAAGCUCCUGUAGAUACCGCUGUGGCACCGGUCGAGACCACAGAGGCCCCGGUCGAGAUCACUGAAGUUCCGGUCGAGACCACUGAAGUUCUGGUCGAGACCACUGAAGUUCCGGUCGAGACCACUGAAUCUCCAGUCGAGACCACUGAAUCUCCGGUCGAGACCACUGAAUCUCCGGUCGAGACCACUGGGGCGCCGGUCGAGACCACUGAGGCACCGGUCGAGACCACUGAGGCUCCGGCCGAUACGACUGAAUCUCCGGUCGAGACCACUGAAGUUCCGGUCGAGACAACUGAAGCUCCGGCCGAUACCACUGGAGCUUCUGUAGAGACCACUGAAGCUCCUGUAGAGACCACUGAAGCUCCUGUAGAGACCACUGAAGCUCCUGUAGAGACCACUGAAACUCCUGUAGAGACCACUGAAGCUCCUGUAGAGACCACUGAAGCUCCUGUAGAGACCACUGAAGCUCCUGUAGAGACCACUGAAGCUCCUGUAGAGACCACUGAAGCUCCUGUAGAUACCACUGGAGCUCCAGCCGAGACUAGCGAAGCUCCGGUNNNNGGAAUCACAUACCAAUACCAUAAAAAGUGA